AUGUCCGAGGUCACAUCACGGUCUUCCGCUUCGCGCGGCAGAGGCUCUGGCCGCGGCGGUCGCGGUGGUUUUGCUGGUCGCGGAGGUCGCAGACCCAACGGCGCCGAGAAGCCUGAUCACAGCGACUCCCCCGCCGCCUUUGACGACGAUGGCGAUCUGGGUGAGCUCCGAAAGCUCUACGGAGAUAAGACUUCUGUAAUUCGCGAGAUGUUCCCAGACUGGUCCGAGGCCGAUGUCCUUUUUGCCCUUCAAGAGACAAACGGUGAUCAAUCCGAAGCUGUCACGCGCAUCGCUGAAGGUACCAUUUCUCAAUGGGGCGAGGUCUCCAAGGCCAAGAAGCCCGCUCGCACAAAGGCCAAGGACGCUGCUCCCGCCGCCGCCGCUGCUACGACCGAACAGACGACUGCCCCUCUCCGUGCUGCUCGUGGGGGUCGCACCGUGUCCGAAGGCGGCCGAGGACGAGGCCGAGCUACAGAGAGAGGCGCUCGCGGUGGUGCUCCUCGUGGCCGCACCGCCCAACCCUCGACCAACGGUGGCCCGCGCCACAAGGAGAACCAACAGUUGUCCGUCCCUACUGGGGAGUCUUCUGCUUGGGGCGAGACCAAGAGCCCGGCCGAUUCCGUUGACAUGAAGCCUUCCACUGAACAGGCCGCCAGCAAGUCCGCCUCGGCCGCCUCUGCCGCCAAGACGUGGGCUAGCAUGCUUCGCCAGUCUACCACUGUUGAUAAGCCCGCUCCUAUUCCCGGUUAUGCCAAGGGCAAGCCUGCCGAUUCUGCUGAACUUGCCGAAGCUCCUGAACCCGUUCCCGCCCCCGUUCCUGCCGCCGAGGAAAAGGUUAAGGCCGACGAGGAGACGACUCCCGUUGCCGCCCAUGCCGACCUGAUUAUUGAAGAACCCGCGCUGCCUCCACCCAAGGACGAUCUCACAGAGACAAAUCUUGAACAGGUUAUUGACGACUCCCAGCCAGCCGCGACUGGCACCGCCGCAAGCACUGCUGCUGACUCUUGGGAUCCACGACAGAGCCCUCUUAGUUCCUCCGCCACCCCUCUCUCCGCCGCCCACCAGCAGCACCAGCGAGUGCCCAUCAGUGGCUACGCCGCCUCUGCUCUCAAGGCCACCACUGACAGGACUGCCCGCCCUACAGGCCUCCAGCGUCGUGUUCUGGACCAGGAAGAGUCUGUCCGCAUGCCUGGCAACCGUGAGCUUGAUCGCGCUGCUGUCCAGUUUGGCGCUUUCAACCUCGGUGGUGCCGAGGAAGAUGUUGACGGUGAACGCGAGGACGCCGAGACUCGCGCCCAACCUCCUGCCGACUCUCCUGUUGCCCAACCCCGUACCUCACUCCCCCCUGCUCUUGCUCAACCCUCUGCUGUACCGGAAUCCUUCCCUAAAGCUGCGCCUCCUGCACCGAACGGCCAAAUCCCUACGCAGCCCGCCCAACCUGCCAUCCCCGGCCAGCAGUAUGGCCGUUAUGGUCAGGACCCCACCGCGCAGAAGUCCAUCGAUCCCUUUGGCCAGCAGGCUACGCCCGUUACUCAACCGCCCUUUGACAGCUUCUCUACUGCCACCACGCAAGCUCCCUCCCAGGCGGCGUUCAGCUCCGCCCCCUCCGAUUACUCCAACUACUACACCGCCAAUCAGCAGGAUCGAAACGCCUAUAAUAACUACUAUGCCCAACACUACGGCCAGCAACAGGUUCCUCAUGGCCAGCACGAUACGCAGCAGCGACCUCUGGGCGGCUACAACGCUGCUCAGACCGAUAGCUUGAGCCAAUAUCCUCAGAGCGGAGUCUCACACGGGCAACCUCGGUUUGGCGUCGCCGCUGACAGCCAGAACAGUGGCCACUCUACCCCCAACCCUGCUGCGCAGGCUCAGCAGCAGAUCCCUCAGGGGCAGCAGGUUCAGCCCGGCCAACAGGCGCAGGCUGGAGCUCCUGGCUCUCAACCUCAGGGUCACGGACAACAGUACCCCGGCUACAACCACCCCUACUACCCUUACUACCAGCAAUACUACUCUGGAUACGGUCAGGGCAACUUCGGUCCCUAUGGUGGAAAGGCUGGCAUGUAUGGCCAACCCUAUGGCGUGUCUCCCAAUGCGCCCUAUGACCACGCCAGCUCGCCUGGUAACUUUGCGCCUGCCAACACUCACCGCGAAAACAACACUAGCUCUGGCCCGGGUGACUAUGGCCGCGGAGUUACUGGCCAGGCUGGCUCCCAGCCCGGGCUCGCUGCAACUGGCUACGGUGGCUCCCACGAAAGCUUUGCGCGCGGCGGUUCCGCAUUCCAGGCGCAGGCUCAGGGUUUCAACAGCCAGAACCAGCCUGGCGCCGGUGCCUCAGCCGGUGAUGACCUGAAGCCCUUUGGUGAUGGCAAGGGUGGCUCUGGGCCCUCCCCUUCCCUCGGCGGCGCUCGCCCUGGAUCGGCCACCAAUACUGGCCCUGGUCAGGCUAGCGGCCUGCCUCCCCAGAACUCCCAGAUGAGCGGUGCCUACGGCGGCUACCCCAACCACUUGCAGGGUCACGCUGCUCAUGGUAGCGGUGCCUACGGAAUGGGCGCUUCCGGAGCCGGCGCUAACCAGCACGGCAACAGCCCUUAUGGCUCCUACAACAACAAUCAAAGCUUCGGUACCGGUGGCUACUAUGGUGCCGGCCAGCAGCAGCGCGGCUGGGGUGGCAACUACCAUUAG